UUCUAUUAAACGUUUCUUAUUGGUCAAACGUAUAUACGCCUAUAGGACUUAUUUCGGAGUAUGAAAGUUUUCGUUUUAUUAAUUUUAUUGGUAAAUAUUAAAAAACAAAUAGCAAAAUGGUGAUUGCCAUAGGUUUCGAGGGUAGUGCGAAUAAAUUAGGUAUUGGGGUUAUACGUGACGAUGAGGUUUUAUCCAAUGUACGACGUACUUAUAUCACACCACCGGGAGAAGGAUUUUUACCACGCGAGACUGCGGAGCAUCAUCGAAAAUGUAUAAUCGAGGUUCUUAAAGAAGCAUUGAAUAAUGCCAAAAUUACUAUGAAAGAGGUCGACGUGAUAUGUUAUACGAAGGGGCCAGGAAUGGGCGGCCCUUUAACAGUUGCUGCAUUAGUGGCUCGUACAAUGGCUCAACUUUACAACAAACCAAUUGUUGCGGUCAAUCAUUGCGUUGGUCAUAUUGAAAUGGGUCGGUUAAUUACUGGUAGUAAAAAUCCAACUGUCUUGUACGUAUCGGGUGGGAAUACACAAAUUAUUGCAUACUCUCGUCAAAAGUAUCGUAUAUUUGGUGAAACAAUAGACAUUGCUGUUGGCAACUGCCUAGAUCGCUUUGCAAGAUUGUUAAUGCUUUCCAACGAUCCUAGUCCUGGAUACAAUAUUGAACAAUUUGCGAAGAAGGGAAAGAAGUUGGCUCCGUUACCAUAUGUGGUUAAAGGAAUGGACGUAUCCUUUUCUGGGAUAUUAAGUCAUAUCGAAGAACAUCUUUCUACGUGGAUCAAGAAGGAAGAAUAUACACCCGAAGACUUGUGCUUUUCGUUGCAAGAAACUGUUUUUGCCAUGUUAAUAGAAAUCACUGAAAGAGCAAUGGCUCAUGUGGGAGCAAAUGAAGUAUUAAUUGUGGGCGGUGUUGGAUGUAAUGAAAGGCUACAAGAAAUGAUGUCUAUCAUGUGUAAAGAGAGAAAUGCAAAAUUGUAUGCAACUGAUGAAAGAUUUUGCAUUGACAAUGGCGUUAUGAUCGCCGUUGCGGGAUUAUUACAGUAUAAGACAGAUGGUCGAACUCCUUGGAACGAGACGACUUGUAUACAAAGGUAUAGAACCGACGACGUACGAGUUACAUGGAGAACAUAAUAUGUUGAAGUUAAAUAAAUAUAUUUUACGAUUUUA